GUGCGUAAAUUUCAAGUGGGCGCAGUUACCAUGAAGAUCCGAACUUGUUGACUAAUGUAUUGCACUGAAACUUUCAUGCUUCGGAAUAAAAAUUUGGCAAUAUUUAUGUAUGAAUACUUGCAGGAACUUCGACGAUGUCUUAUAUUGUUGAUGUUGUCUCUGAGGACUCGUUUUUCAAGAACUUAACUUUGGGCAUUACAGAUCAUCUAAGCCAGAUACAAUGUAUUAAAAACAUUAAAUUUGAAAAGCGACCUCCGUGUGAGCGAGCUGUGAUUGCUGCCUGGGAGCAAAGGUACACUUGUAUUCUCCCGGAUGAUGUACGGCAGUUUUACUCUUCUAUUGAUGGUUUCAGAUUAACAUGGGACUUUCAGUAUGGAGAUUCCCUCCUCCCCAUAGGAAACAUGUCAAUCAACCCGAUUUGUGAACUGCAGCAAAUCGGGAAGUACUCUGAAACCUCGGAGGAAACAGACACACCUUCAAUUUAUGAUGUUGAGCUGAUGUACAGGACCAAUGGCCUUUUGGCAGAUAACGUCCCUAGUUUUGGGAGCAGCUGCAGUAUUUUUGUCAUUGAAAAACUCAAAUACGAUAUGGGCGACAUAUGUCUUGUUUUCAACGAACAGCAGGAAUACGGUGAAGACCCAAAAAUCUGCUUCAUGGAUACAAGUUAUGAAUGGCACCUUAUUGCUGACAAUUUCACGCAGUAUUUUAGAAUGAUGCUUGCGCACUUGGGCAUGCCUCUUUGGCAGCUCAAAUUAACACCGCUUGGACUAUCACUUGAAGCUGAUUCAUUGAUUUCACUGAUUGCUCCUCAUCUAUUGCAAACAGACGCAAGUUGUUAUGUUCAAGCCCUGGAUUUGAAUGAUUUUCCUAGUUCAAAUCUUGACGCCAGCGUUUUCAAGAUGAAGAAGCAACCCAUGAAAGGCUAACAAUAUUGCUUAGCUAAAGAAAUUACAAUGAGAUGCUCGAUUAGGUUCCAGAGGCUUUAUCCAUGAAAUAACAUUCAUUCUACUGGAGAAAAAAAAAACAAGAGGAAAAACAAAAGAAGAAUUAUGCUGAGUCGGAGUUAUAUCAAGCACAAGGCUAGUCCAAAAACUGAUACAUGUCUGGAGAAAAAAAAAACUAGAGGAAAAACAAAAGAAGAAUUAUGCUGAGUCGUGGCUAUAUCAAGCGCAAGGCUAGUGCAAAAACUGAUACAUGUCUGAAAACCAAACUUUUUUAUUCCUUGGGUUUUAUACUAUGGUCUGCACAAGCAGAUGUAUUAUUAGAAACAUUGCACUAUUCGAUUUGUUUUGAUAAAGCGUAGGAGGAACAAAGGUGUGAACUUGAAGGUAUUAUUAUCUAUGAAAGUCCAUGUGACCUUCAAAAUUGGAUCAGCUGGCUGAAUAUUGAAAUUGAUAGGCAAACCGAUAGACAAAGAAGACACAGUGAAAAAGGAGCUAUCCUAUUGGUGGAGGCGGUUGCGAUGGAUAAAGGAGGUAAGGAAUAGACAAAAUGGAAUCCCUGACGGGACCCUAUUGUUAGUCUAUCAUUUUCCUCUUUUGUCUAUGAUAACCACCCGUUUCCACUGAUAGGAUCGCUCCAUUUUCCUUCUGUUCUCUUUGUAUAUUGCUUUGCCUAUCAAAAUCAAUUAUCAGCCUGUAGAUAAAAUGCUAGCGCUUUAGAAAAAUCAGAGACUAAUAAAGAAUCUUGAGUAUUUUGUAAUUUAA